CAUCCCCGGUGAGUGCGGAACGAACUGCAUCCCGUACACAAUAGGCUCGGUCGAGGAAGAAAGCAUCAUCGUCGGCAUUACGGAGACCAACGGAACAAACGUCGUCGAAAGCAUGGUGAAACGAACUGACGGCACAGAGUCUCCGAUAAUUACGGAGAGCGAUGCAGAUACCGAUAAACCGCGGAUGAGAUAUGGAGAACUCGUGAUACUAGGAUAUAAUGGAUUUCUACCACAGGGCGACCGUGGCCGACGUCGGUCAAAGUUCGUCCUGUACAAACGCGUCGAAUCGAAUGGCGUCAAGCGUUCCAAACACUACAUCGUACAGUCGCCUCAGUCCUCGCAGGCCAUCUUGGACGCCAAACAGCACUCCAUAUCGUACACGCUCUCCCGCAAUCAGGCCGUCAUCGUAGAGUACAAAGAGGACCCGGACACGGAUAUGUUUCAGGUUGGACGAUCGUCCGAAUCGCCGAUCGAUUUUGUUGUGAUGGACACACUCCCAGGAGACAAGAAAGAUGCUAAAAUUGUGCAGAGCACGAUUUCCAGAUUUGCCUGUAGAAUUUUGGUGGACCGAGCGGAUGGUAACAAGGCGCGGAUAUAUGCAGCAGGGUUCGAUUCUAGCAGAAACAUAUUUCUGGGGGAGAAAGCCACUAAAUGGCAGGACAAUGUAGAAAUCGAUGGCCUCACUACAAACGGCGUACUGAUAAUGCAUCCAAAGGGCGACUUUUGUGGCGGAAAUGCGGACUGCGGCCAGUGGCGGGAAACGUCCGUUGGCGGCGAUGUUUUCAGCUUGCGGGAAUGCCGAUCGGCACAGCAGAAGGGACAGCAGAUCUACGACGAGACGAAUGUGCUGCAGGAUGGCACCCUGAUCGAUCUCUGCGGCGCGACGCUGCUGUGGCGUUCGGCCGAAGGUUUGCGGCAUUCACCGACUAAGAAGGACCUGGAAAAGUUAGUAGACGAAAUCAAUGCUGGCCGGCCGCAAUGCCCGGUGGGCCUAAACACGUUAGUUAUUCCUAGAAAAGUGUCAUUGGGUGAUCACGUCAAUCAGCCUUACGUAUAUCUUAACUGUGGCCAUGUUCAGGGUCAGCAUGGUUGGGGCCAGGAUAAAAAUACAAAUGCACGUCGAUGUCCGAUGUGUCUGGAGGUGGGACCGGUGGUGACGCUGUGCAUGGGUGUUGAGCCCGCGUUUUACGUUGAUUCUGGUCCACCAACGUACGCAUUCAACCCAUGCGGCCAUAUGGCGACGGAGAAAACGGUCAAAUACUGGGCAAAUGUCGAUAUACCUCAUGGUACCAACGGUUUUCAGUCGGUUUGCCCGUUUUGUGCGACCCCGCUUGUAGGAUCUCCCGGUUACAUAAAGCUGAUUUUCCAGGAUAAUUUAGAUUAAUUUCGCCAUCGUCUCACAUUCUCUCCACAUCUGCACAUCUAAUGGUCAUCAUCGUCGUCCUCAUAUCGUCAUUCAUUCAACGGUUUGGCGUAACGUGCUGGAACAUUUAGCUGCUCGGCCUGCGACUGUUUUUCCGGAGCUUCUGGCAAAAUCCGAGCCAGUCGAGACGCUUGAAUAUCGUGAUUGAAACGCUUAGAAUUCAUUCAAAACAAAAGGCGCGCCACCUAGCGGCCGGAGGGAGAAAGUGUUCGUAUUGAGCUAAUAGUAAGCGCGCCAUCUGGUGGUGUAUAGAUCGGUUUUAUUUCUGAACAUUUCUAAGCAUACUGAAUCGAAUUUUAUUUCUAGUGGCAUUUUUGUGUUGUCUCUAUUUAGUAUGAACUGUUUUUCACCCAGCUAUUGCAUAAAAUAAUCUUUGUUUUGUAUUCUAGUUUAUUGAUGUGUUAAUGUAUUUUAUCUUUGAAUGAAGUAACGAAUGAAACGCACGCGUCGGCAUCGGAUUGGCUGACGACGGGCUUAAACAAUCA